CUUAUCAUGAGGGGAAGGUCCUAUGGGAGAGCUAUGCCUGGAUUUCUAACCAGGCAAAAAGAAUUAUAAGCUCUAGGUGAGUGCCACGUGCUAUAUGACAUGGUGGCUCUGGUGUCAAGUCUGUCGUUUCCCUGCCCUCACACCCUCUGUCAAAUUUAUAACUACAACUUUGAUUUCUAUCUCAGAAUGACUCUUGGAAUAUUCAGACUGUACAAUCUGUGCUAUGAUCCUUUUAACACUAAAGGGGGAUGCUGACUCUGUGACUGCAUGUGGUCAGCGUUGGUAUCUCCAAAGCCAAUUCUUCAGGACAGUGGAGGUGGAACACACAUCAAGAGUCGGCACUGAGGUCUUCAGUGGAGGAAGGGUGAGUUAAUCAAGUUUUUAUUGUUCUCACUCUCUAUGUUGCUGAAAAAGGAGGAAAUAUAUUGCAUAGCAAGAUACUCAUAGGCAAGCAGCUCUAACUCUACUGUCUGCACUAUUCUCAACUGACUCUGUGUUGGCUUCAUCUCACUCUCUUAGAAAGACAGUAAUAAUAGUUCCAAGUGGCACAUCCAGUACAAAGCAACCUCAGAGGAAGAAGAGCUGUGUCUCUUUCCUAAAUGUAUUUAUUGAAGUAUAAUAUACAUAUAAAAGAGUUACAUUGUAUAACUUGACGAAUUUUAACAAACUUGACCACUUACAUAACCAGCACCCAAAUUAAUUGUGUUUCUCUUUCAUGCUGUCAUACAGAAGCCUGGGAAAGCACACCCGCCUUCCUUUCUUCAUUGUCUGUCCAGCUGGGUUGGAACGAAGGAGGAAAAUGUGUAGAAACACUGAGGUGUAUGUUUGAUUAUAAAUAUUGGGCUCCUAAGGGUCUCCUCAAUACGUGGCACCAUUUGUUGACUUCAAGGAUUGUUUUAGAAAGACAUCUUAAUAUCCUACAGACAGUAAGGGGACGCCUUUCCAGGAAGGAGAACAUCAAUAUGAUCUCUUCUCUAGUGAAUUUCUCUCUUCAUAAAUGGUCAUCACAGGGGAAUUGAGGUGUUGAGUAUAGUAAUGGAAACAAGAGUAGGAAGCAGGGAGUAAAGGGACAAAUGAAUGAGAGGAACAGAUGGGAGAGGCUUUCCCACUCUCCAUGUUCAUAAGCAGGUAGACUUGUACCUUAGCUACUCCAGUCUUCUAUCUUCUAGUAAAGACAGGAGGAAUUGUUCAUCACAAGUUUGCUCAUAUGGACAAAAAAUGGGGUGAUUGAACUGUUGAAGGGUGUGUGUGCCAGUACAUUCAGACUCCAGGAAGCAAAGGAAGACUUACGUGAAUUCUGCCGAUCUGAGUCCCUUUGUAAUGAGUAAGUAUGUGUAAGGGAAGAGCUGAAUUCUCUACUAAUGGAAUUUCCUUAUUUCCUCACAGAUUUCCAAAAAUGAGAAUGCUGGCUAGAAAUGACUCUUUAGUGACUGAAUUUAUUCUCGCUGGAUUAACAGAUCUUCCAGAGCUCCAGCAACCUCUCUUUUAUUUGUUUCUAAUGAUCUACAUUGUCACCAUGGUGGGCAAUCUUGGCUUGAUUGUUCUUAUUGGGGUAAAUUCUCACCUUCACACCCCUAUGUACUAUUUCCUCUUCAAUCUCUCCUUCAUUGAUCUCUGUUACUCUUCUGUUUUCACCCCCAAAAUGCUGAUGAACUUUGCAUCGAAGAAGAAUAUCAUCUCCUAUAUUGGAUGCAUGACCCAACUGUUUUUCUUUCUGUUUUUUGUCAUCUCUGAAUGCUAUAUGUUGACCUUAAUGGCCUAUGAUCGUUAUGUGGCCAUUUGCAAUCCACUGCUCUAUAAGGUCACCAUGUCCCAUGAGAUGUGUUCUGUGCUGACACUUGCUGCAUAUGCCAUGGGAUUUGCUGGAGCCACUGUCCACACAGGUUACGUGCUCAAACUGACCUUCUGCAAUGCUAAUAUCAUCAACCAUUACUUGUGUGACAUCCUCCCUCUCCUCCAACUCUCUUGUACCAGCGCCUAUGUCAACGAGGUAGUGGUUCUGAUUGUGGUGGGUAUCAACAUUACAAUACCCAGUUUUACCAUCCUAAUUUCUUAUAUUUUCAUCCUCAUUAGCAUUCUUCAUAUCAGGUCUACU